CACCUUUGACCCGUUGAAGUAGCGACCAGGCGUGCAUCGGUAGCUUCAUAAGAACGUUCGACACGGCAUCACGAGCCCUAUUGGCAGGCAGGCAGGCAUCUUCUCAUCGUCUCUUCGCUUAGGGGCCAGUGCUCCCAUCAAUAUCGAUCGUCCACUUAGCUCGUAUCAUUGCUCCGCCGCGUAGAGCCCACCGUCAUGGCCAGACUCAAGUCCCAAUCUCGUUCGGCAGGUCCGAAAGAAGCUAUGGAUGUCGAUGGGGUGGAGAACAUAGUCGAUGCACCGGAAGAGGAGGCCAAAGCCGCCACCAAUGGAGCAGCUGAAGGCGAAGAGGAGCAAGAGGAGGGAGAUGGUGAUGAGGAGGAGGAAGAGGAGGGAGAGUACGAAGUGGAGAGCAUUGUAGACCAUAAGAUGCAGAAUGGCAAGUACAUCUACCUCGUUUCAUGGAAAGGCUACGGUCCAGAACACAACACCUGGGAGCCAGAAGCUCACGUGUGAGUCUGAUCACGGACUUCCUUUGCCCUAGCCUCGAACACUUUGCCUGACCUGACACAGUGACCAUGCCGAAGAGAUUGUCU